GGCCUCUGACCUUCCAGUUUCCCUCAGCCUGUUCUUUUCCUCUCGCCCUCCAGCCCCCCCCCAGCACCCGUAGCCAUUUUGGUUCGCUGAGAGGGUGCAUCCUGUACCCCAACACACCACCAUGGCCCACGAAUCGGAGCCGGCGCCUGAUGCAGGGCAUGUGGCUCUGCUGCCGGCAUCUGGGGGCCAGGUGUUAGUCCAUAAGCUGACGGGCGAGUUUGUUCACUUGGAGCGGCUUCCUCAACCGUGGAAGUUGCACGAGGAUGACUCUGGGAGCUGCUUCGUGCAGAGCGGGGAGACGACUGCAUGGGUGGCCAAUAAGCUUAGGUUCCCUUUGCAUCGUGGCAGUGCCGACGGUGAGUACGAUGUCGACGUCGGCAUCGGGAGCGAAAUAAAACUAGUCCCUCUGACCCAGUGGCUAAAAGGUAAGAAUGGGGACCGGGAUAUCACUAUUAAUUCGCCCCCACACGGCGACGUCAAGAUACACCUGUACGUCACCCAGCCGCCGAGACGAGGGGCAGCAGCCUGGUGGGACGUAGAGUGCCUCUAUGAACAACUUCGGCUCCGCGGGAAGAAAGCGGCCGGCAGAUGGACGGUUGCUGGGUGGCAGAAGUGGGACGAAUUCCUUCGCGAAAAAUGUGCGUUGCCCGGGCACUUGGAAAAUAAGGCGCCCCAGGGGCAACGGCACCGAGCUGCUUUUCUCGGGAUGCACAUCCUGGAGGACCACCGCUGCGCCGACUUCAGGAUGGCCAGUACGCACGGUUUGAUUGCGUUGCUUGCGAGAUGGUCCUUCGGCUCUCAGAACUUCGGCGGACUGUCCGAGGGCAAUCGGGUGUCUGCUCGCGGUUUGCUGGAGGCCCUAGUCUCAAUGUCCAGCCUCGGGGACUUCACCAUGUUCCUGGCCGACAUCAGGCUCGGGGAUGAGGGCUGGCCCGCUGGUUCGAAUGGCACCACGAUCGAGUACAGCGCUGCAAGGGGCUUGAAGCUCAGGCCACUCACGGGGAAGAGAAACCCUCUAUGUCGGGCUCUCACCCGGCUGAUGCCUCCCAGCUCCCUCGACGAGGAGGGGCACGCGCGCGUGUUGAACUUGCUGGAGGCCCUGGUCAAGACAAGUCUCGUCGACGACACCCUCACGAUGAUCUUUCAGCAGCUUGUAUGGUGGGUGGGGAAGGCCGCCGACGUCGCAGCGGUGGCCCAGGCAAACGGCGACGACGUCGUGCACGCGAGCAUCAACAGCAGGACUGGCAACAAGAUGCUCACCAAGUAUUUCAUCAGCAUUCAGGAGUCGUUCCACCGGCCCACCUUCCUGCACGUCGCGUUGGACCAAGGUACCGUCGGCAAGAAGCCGACAGUAUGCGGAGCCAUUGUGCUGCCGACAAACGUUGGCGCAUUAUUUCCCCCGAAGGUCGUCCCCUCAUUCGUCUCCGACCUCGCCGUGGCUACCGCUUGGAGCAGCCAGGCAGAGCAGGCGGCUGCGGGGAAGCAGUGGGUGGACAACGCCAGGCAAUUCCUGAGGAAACGGGCCUUGGACGACGAGGGCGCAUUCAAAGGGCCCCCGAAAAAACAGCGGAAGAAAUCAGCAGUGUGGGUUGCAUGCGUGGACCAGAUUCUCCAAUCUUGUUGCGCAGUUGGCUUGGACCACUUCCGAGUUCCAAGCACCGAUUGGCUGACGAGGGACCCUUGGACUUGGCCUUACUUGGGCAUGUGCCCUGACCAAGGCCCCGACGGUGUAUGCGGAGGCUACUACAUGCGGUACGGCGAGAACAUGAACUGCGAGAUGUUCUAUGACAUCAGCCAUGGGGUGUGGCGGGACCAGGAGAGUGCGCUGAAGGAGGUGGAGCUGCAGGCGUGGACCCACCUGGCAGUCAUAAUGCUGAAUCUGCUGCACUCGCCGUGGGGGUCUGAGGCGCGAUACUGCGCGAUCUCGGAGUCCUCCAAAGAGUACGCGGCGCAUGCGACCUGCCAGUGCCCGCUCUUUCGGAGAUAUCGUGACGACCUUGUUGCUGAUUUGGACAUGUCUGAAGAGCUUGCCUCCAAGGAUCUCAAGGAACACGAGGAGUUCAAACUCAUCACAAAGAAAAUCCAGGAGCAGCCCGGCUACCACAAUAAGGGUGACAACACCAAGAUCUGCCGAUUUGCGAACGUUACCGACGUGCUGGCUGACUACGACAACCGGUGGACUUGGGCGACUGUGCGUUUGCUGCACUAUUCUUUGUCAGAGGGUUUCAUCGAUAACGUCGAUUGGGCGGCCCUGUUUAAAGUCUCGCCGUCAGGCGGUGGAACUGAUGGUUCGGAAGGUGGGAAACUGGGAGUCGCGAAAUCGAACGAACUGGUAAAAAAAUACAGGGCUGCUUUGAAAAGCAACGUGAAGCUUGCCCUGGCAAUGAAGUUAAAUCCAACUACCAGGGCGACCGGCCGCAUCUUAUUUACACUCGUUGGCCCGAUUCGGAAGUGGUAUGGGCAGCAGAACAAGGAAAUGCGAUCGGCCCCUGCAAUGUUAAAGUUCAUGAAAGCUGAAGUUGGGGAUCAGAAGAUGCGAGAACCACUGAUCCAGACCGUGCGGCUGUUCGAGGACAGCGAUGUUUUGGAUAAGAUUGGGCUGCAGACGCAGUUCGGCGAGCACCACGAGUGUUUUGAUGAGCACCACCCGUGGAUCGCAGACCAAGACUAUCUCGCAGACUUGGCGGUUCGAUAUUCUUUGGGCUUGGUUGCCGCUCGCUUCAAGCGAAUGGAAUACUUAACGCAUGGUUGGACUGGCCGGCAGGCGGAGUUCUUGUCAACCGACCCCGCGGUCCGAGAGAAAGCCGAGAAGGAUUUCUUUGAGGAGCAUGCUGCGUACGCGGAUGCUGAGAAGCAGACUUCUGGCUUCUGGAAAAAGAUUGUGAAACGCUCCCAGUGGAAGCUUGUCCCGACGCAGCAACUCUUGCAGAUGCUGACCAAGAAUGGCGGCAAGUCUUCGCCUGAAAUGCGCAAACACAUUGAGCAGCGCCUGUCUGGGGCUGGCCAGUCUUUGAUAAGCGAGAAUUGUUUCGGCAAGUGCAGGCGCAUGGAGAACCCGGCAGGGAACAUCCAGCAGCAACCGACCGAGUCAUUUUUCGCAAACCUCAUUAAUGAGUCUGUAGUUGGACACUUGUACAAUUACCACGAGCCCCCCUGGCGUGACAGAGUGGCCCCUAUCGGAGCCGAGGCCAUCCUGCCCAAGAGUUUGUUCAAGUGCGCGCUCAAAGAUUCGCCCGCCUGGGUAGGGCGCAUCACCACGAAACCCGACUGGUUCAGCACUACCGCGACUUACAGCAACGUUGUAUUCAGUGAUUCGUUCCUUGUGCAAGUUGCCAAAAAGAGUAAAGCUUGGGGCAAGGUCGCGUCGGGGUGCUUCUUGGCGCAGCUGGCUGGUGGCAGGCGCUUGGCACUGCGCGCCGUAGGGUCCGAUCAGUGGUAUCUCAGUUUGGGCCACCAGCACGGCGUCGUCGUUGUGGCCUGGCCUUGCAUCGCGGCCUUCAACGGGACAGUGUUGGCCUCUCUGAAGAUAGACCUGGAGAAGGCACCUUGCUUCCUAGCAGUUUACGACGAGAAGUGGAUGGCGACCACCGUGAAAUGGUGCAGCCCAGCUUCAGCAGUUGCCAUGAAGAGGGCGACGCCAGAGGCGAUGACUGAGCGCCCAGUCAUUAGCGCUCAGGUCGUGACGAAACCUCGCAAGCUCAUGGAAGAAGCAGCUCACAAUGCUUUCUGGGACAUCAGGGGCCCCGGCCUCAAGCUCAUCAUGAAACACUUCGGCCUCGAGGCGGGCAGCGACCAGAGCGACUUGGACAGGCUUCUCGCCCUGCUGCGGAAAUUCCUACCCAAGCUUACGGACGAAAAGUUGUUGGAGAUUCUGGGGGCGAGGCUGAAAACCAGCUCGCACCUUGAGGACAUGCUAAUGCUCGAAGAGACAUCUGAUUUGCUCAGUAAACAGGACCAGGAGGACUUCGACAAGAAAGUAGACACGAUGACUUUCCAGAAAAAAGUCGUAGACGAGUUUUUGACUGAUUACACAAAGCUGCGGGCCAAGAUGAAGCAUGUCAAAGUCGAGCACAAAGGCGUCGAUGGGAAUCUCGUCAAGGGCCGUUUUCCCACCGGCCCCGUCUCUCAACCGGAUGCCCAACGCCUGCUCCCGAGCCCUGUUCGCGUCUACGAGGACACGGCAAAUGGACGGUGGCAGGUUUACUGGCCAGGCCUUGGCUCUCGAAGUAGGAGCUGGCAGCUGCAUGGCCACGAGGACGGUCUGCGACAGCUGCUCCAGUGGGCGUGGUCAGAAGCCUUGUCCAGGGCAGCGCAGACCACGAAAGAUUGCCCAGUGAAAGACCUUUUCAAAAAUGUCGCAGCAGAGGGCUCGGCAGCCGCAGGCUCGAGCUCUGGCUGAUUCUUCCAUCUGCGCGUCUCGGGCAGACGGCCGCCUGCCCGUCGCAGGGGUGAGUGGCCUCCGACCGUUUCGAUGCUCAGGGGCAUCGAGUCGCGGGAUUGCCGAUGCAGUCUUGUCUGGUCUGUGCCAGCAUGCGCCGAUCCAGGAGCGAUCGAUUAUUUCGACCUUGGGCCCGUAUGGGUGCGAGGCUGCAUUGGCCGGGGUGCGAAUUCCAUCCAGGGUAAGCUGCGCGCAUGCAGCUGUGGGAUCUGGAUGGCUUGCUGCGAUCUGCCAGCGAGAUCGGGGAACUCAAAAAUCCGCCGCCGGGCCCCAUCGGCGUCCUCAGG